AUGGUAGAUUCAUUUCCUCUAAAGAUGAAUCUCCUGGGAAGUUGGCCAAUGCCUAUGAGCAUGGGCCAUAUGUUACUCCGUGUUCUUCGUAGAUGUGGGUCUAUGUUUCCGUCUUCAUCUGGUAUGCUAAUAUCCCAAGAGGUUAUUGGGCCAGAGCUUACCUUUUAUAAUGCAUCAAAUGACGUAGGGGAGUCACUGCUACUCUCUAACAAAGUAUUGCAUGCGCAGUUGGAUGCAUUCUGCAGGAUUGUUCUGAAGGGUGACACUACUGAAAUCUGUGCAAAUGCUCUUGGGUUGACAAUGGAGAGUAAUGGGAUCAGAAUAUUGGAGCCUUUCGAUACCUUUGUGAAGUUGUCAAACGCAUCUGGAAAAAUGAAUGUACAAGUCGCUGUUUCUGAUAUAUUCAUGAAUUUUUCGUUCAGCAUCUUAAGACUCUUUUUAGCAGUCGAGGAGGACAUUUUGGCAUUCCUGAGGAUGACAUCAAAGAAAAUGACAAUGAUGUGCUCUGAGUUUGACAAAGUUGGGACAAUUAAAAAUCCCUACAGCGACCAAAUAUAUGCAUUUUGGAGACCUCGUGCACCAUCUGGUUUUGCUGUUCUUGGUGACUAUUUGACACCACUCGACAAGCCACCAACAAGAGCAGUCCUUGCUGUGAAUACAAGCUUUGUAAGAAUCAAAAGGCCUGAGUCUUUCAAGCUGGUUUGGCCCACUUCUGCUGAAGGGGACAUAGCUGAUUCCCAAGGUGUUGAUAACCUUGAGAUUGUUGCAAGAAGCGUCCUUCGUGAAGGAGAUAAAAUUUGUUCCAUUUGGUUCCCUGUAGCACCCAAAGGUUAUGUUGCGUUGGGCUGUGUGGUUUCUUCUGGAAGGACACAACCUCCCAUAUCUUCUGCCUUCUGCAUCUUGGCGUCUUUUGUUUCUCCAUGUGCCCUGAGGGAUUGUAUAAUAGUCAACUCUAGCAAUCAACUUCCUUUGGCAUUCUGGCGUGUGGGUAAUUCGGUUGGUACUUUCCUGCCAGCAGAUCCAACUACUCUAAGCUUGAUUGGAAGAGCAUACGAAUUAAGACAUAUUGUUUUCAAGCAUUCAAAUAUUUCUUCAAAAGCAUCCAACAGUUCAGACAUCCAAGCUUCUCCAUCUGGUCAUGAUCAGACUGUCCAAUCAGAAAUGUCAUCAACUGCAAAUUCUGGGAGGAGAUUUGAGGCUGUUGCUAGUUUUCGGUUGAUAUGGUGGAAUCAAGGUUCAGGCUCAAGAAAGAAAUUAUCCAUAUGGCGCCCUAUUGUACCUCAAGGAAUGGUGUUUUUUGGUGCUAUUGCUGUUCAAGGUUAUGAACCUCCAAACACAUGCAUUGUUCUUCAUGAUUCUGAAGAUCUAUUUAAAGUCCCUCUAGAUUUUCAACUUGUUGGACAAAUAAAGAAACAUAGAGGAAUGGAGAGUAUUUCUUUUUGGCUGCCUCAAGCUCCACCAGGCUUCGUUUCCUUAGGUUGUGUUGCAUGUAAGGGGGCACCAAAGCAAUCUGAUUUCAGCUCAUUAAGAUGCAUGCGCAGCGAUAUGGUCACCGGGGAUCAAUUUUUGGAGGAAAGCAUAUGGGAUACAUCUGAUGCAAUGCUUACAAAAGAACCAUUUAGUAUAUGGGCAGUCGCCAAUGAGUUGGGAACCUUUAUUGUUCGCAGUGGUUUCAAGAAACCUCCUAGAAGAUUUGCUCUUAAGCUUGCAGAUCCAACUAUACCAAGAGGUUCAUACGAUACUGUUGUUGAUGCAGAAAUACGAACAUUCUCGACAGCACUUUUUGAUGACUUUGGCGGCUUGAUGGUUCCGUUAUGUAAUAUCUCUUUAAGUAGCAUAGGGUUCAGUUUUCAUGGAAGACCAGACUACUUGAAUUCCAGUGUCAGCUUCUCAUUGGCUGUGAGAUCAUACAGUGAUAAGUACGAAUCCUGGGAGCCUGUUGUUGAACCAGUAGACGGAUUAUUGAGGUACCAGUAUGAUUUGCAUGCCCCAGGUGCUGCUUCUCAGUUACGUCUUGCCUCUACAAGGGACCUGAACUUGAACAUUUCAGUGUCUAAUGCUAAUAUGAUUUUCCAAGCUUAUGCAAGCUGGAACAACCUUAGUGAUGUCCAUGAAUCAUGUCGAGAUAAGGAAGCAGUUUCUACAACUACAGGAGGAAGACCUAUCAUUGAUGUUCAUCACAUAAGAAGUUAUGUUAUCCCGCAGAAUAAACUUGGUCAGGACAUUUUUAUCAGAGCUGCUGAAACCAGGGGACUGCAAAAUGUAAUUCAGAUGCCAUCUGGAGAUAUGAAGCCUCUAAAAGUUCCAGUUUUGAAGAAUAUGCUAGAGUCCCACUUGAAGGGAAAUCUUUACAAGAAACUCAGACCAAUGGUAACAAUCAUCAUUGCAGAUGCAGAGUUUCCAAGGGUGGAAGGGUUGUCAUCUCAUCAGUAUGCUGUUACAGUCCGUCUUACUCUAGACCAGAAUCUCCCAAGUGGAUCGCUUUUGAAUCAGCAAAGUGCACGCACGUGUGGUACCGACUCGCCUAAUUGCGCAUCUUCUGAUCUCAAAUUUGUGAUCUGGAAUGAAAUGUUCUUCUUUAAAGUUGAUUCUCUGUUUGGUGUGAGAGCUAAAAGAUCCAUUUGCUUGGCAUGGGAGGCAUUAGCAACAAUGAGGAAAUUAAAAGUUUCAAGCAAAAUGCCUUUAACCAGGAAGGCCAGCAAAGCAGUAAUCAUCCAAGUGUCCCCAGGGGCCUUUGGUGGGACAGGGUCUAUUAGUGGCCCACAACAUUUAAGAGGGCCGUGGCUUGCUGAGGCCCUUUCUCAUCCACCCAAGACUUCUCUGACAGGCCAAACAAAGUUCAAUAACAGAGCCUAUUGCUCAAAUCCUGACCAAGUGGCUAGCUUUCAGCUCCUUGACGCUGACUGCUGCGUGGUGGAAUUUGUUGUAACUGACAUGGGGAGGGGGGAAGGUGAUAUUGUUGGAUACUUCUCUGCUCCUUUGAAGCAAAUUGCUGACACCCAAGACAACUCAUAUUCAUAUAAUCGUUUAAGUGGAUUGAAAUGGCUACCUUUGUCCUCAUUGGAAUCCAGGACAAUUACCCAAGGAAAUAAAGAUAAAAACUCAUAUGGGAAAAUAAGAUGUGCAGUUAUCUUAUCACCCAGGUUUGAAGUUGAAAACGGUGAUCAGUGUUUUGGUGGGAGCAGCAAAUCUGGUUUUAUACAGAUUAGUCCCACAAGUGAAGGGCCUUGGACGACAGUCAGGCUGAACUACGCUGCACGUGCUGCUUGUUUGCCAUUUGGCAAGGAUGUUGUCGCCAGUGAAGUAACUGCAAAGGAUGGAAACAGAUAUGUAACAAUUAGAUCUCUGGUUUCGAUUCGUAACAACACUGAUUUCAUACUUGAUUUGUGCCUCAAGCUCAGAGCUUCCAGUGAAAACAUGAUGUCACUAGAUGCUGCAGGAAGGGAAAUGCAAUUGGAUGGUAACCAAUUUGAGACAGAUGAGUUCUUUGAAACUCAAAAGUAUAACCCAACAAGUGGCUGGGUUGGUGUUUCAGUUCACACUAAUUUAGACUACCCCGAUGAUGAUGGAUCUCAUCAAGGAGCUUUGGGAGUUGAGUUGCCAUCAGGAUGGGAAUGGGUUGAUGAUUGGCAUAUAGAUAAGACUUCUGUUAACACUGCUGAUGGGUGGGUUUAUGCGCCAGAUUUUCAAAGUUUAAAGUGGCCUGAAUCAUACAAUCCCUUAAAAUUUGUAAACUAUGCAAGGCAAAGAAGAUGGAUCAGGGAUAGGAAACGGGUACCAGGGGAUGUCAAGCCACAAUUAUUUUUUGGGCCAUUGAAACCCGGAGAAACUGUAUCUCUUCCUCUUACAGGUUUGACCGAAUCUGGAUUGUAUAUUCUUCAGUUGAGGCCUUCGAAUCUGAAUAAUAAUAACGAAUAUGCAUGGAGUUCUGUAAUGGAUAGACCUGAUCAGUCGGAGGAUAUUGGUAGACCUAAACAAAACUCUGAAAUAUGUGUCUCAUCCCUCACUGAAUCUGAGAAACUUUUUUAUUGCUCUGAAGUUAUUGGAAGCACAUCAAAUAGAUCACAUGGAAUGUGGUUCUGUGUGGCCAUACAAGCAAUGGAGAUUGCAAAGGACAUUCAUUCUAAUUCCAUUGAGGACUGGAAACUUGUGGUGAAAGCUCCUCUAUGUAUUACCAAUUAUCUUCCUUUUACAGCUGAAUAUUCUGUUCUUGAGAUGCAAGCCAGUGGUCAUUUUCUUGCUUGCUCCAGUGGAGUAUUUAAUCCAGGCGGGACUGUAAAGGUUCAUAAUGCUGACAUAAGAAACCCUUUGUUCUUUUCGCUACUUCCACAAAGAGGAUGGCUGCCAAUCCAUGUGAGUCUUCUUGUCCAGGCGCUGUUUUCUUCUGAGGCUGUUCUCAUAUCCCAUCCCAGCCGAGUUCCAUCAAAAACAAUUAGCUUAAGAAGUUCAAUAUCUGGAAGGAUUGUUCAAAUAAUUCUUGAACACAAUCAUAACAAAGAAAGCCAACUGCAGGCGAAGAUUGUGAGAAUCUAUUCUCCUUAUUGGUUUGCAAUUGCUAGAUGUCCAUCACUCACCUUAAGACUUAUAGAGAUGGCAGGGAGAGAGCCAACAAGGAAGAUUUCUCUCCCUUUCCAUUCCAAGAAGUAUGAUGACGUAAUUCUUGAGGAAAUCACUGAAGAGGAAAUUUAUGAUGGUUAUACGAUUGCUUCUGUAUUGAACUUGAAAUUGCUGGGUCUCUCAGUCUCUGUUGCACAAUCUGGCAAGGAACAUUUUGGGCCAGUUAAAGAUCUUUCUCCACUUGGCGACAUGGAUGGAUCACUUGACAUUUGUGCCUACGAUGAUAAUGGAAAUUGCAUACGGCUUUUUAUAACUUCAAAGCCGUGCCCCUAUCAAUCUGUUCCGACAAAGGUGAUUUCCAUCCGACCAUUUAUGACGUUUACCAAUAGACUUGGACAAAACAUUUUUGUGAAGUUAGGCAAUGAAGAUGAGCCAAAGGUUCUGCGCAUGUCUGAUGCACGAGUCUCCUUUGUAUACCGUGAGACAGGUGGAUCCAGUAAACUUCAGGUGCGAUUGGAAGAUACAGAAUGGUCAUUUCCUGUUCAAAUCAUGAAGGAGGACACCAUAUUUCUUGUUUUGAGAAAGCAUGAUGGUACAUGGAGAUUUUUGAAGACAGAAAUCCGAGGCUAUGAAGAGGGAUCACGUUUUAUUGUUGUAUUUCGCCUCGGAUCAACAAAUGGUCCAAUUAGGUACCUACUUUCUGAGAAAGCUUUGGUCAACAGGAUUGAAAACAGAGCAAGCAGCAAGAAAAUAAGGAUACGCCAAUCUGGAUUUGGUAAUGACGCCUGGAUUCAGUUAGAACCUCUUUCAACGGCAUGUUUUUCUUGGGAGGAUCCAUAUGGCCAAAAAUUUAUGGACGCGGAAGUCUGUAGUGGCAGUACUACUGCAGUCUGGAGACUUGACUUGAAUAAGUCGGGAAUAUGUCCUUUACGUGAUGGAGGACUAGCUUUACUUUUUCAUGUUGUAGAGAUAGGUGAUGUCAAGGUUGCUAGGUUUGUAGAUGAGAGGACAUUAGGAUUGAGUUCAAAUGACGGAAGCAGGUCUUUAACACAUGAGGGAAAUUGGGUAAAUCCUCGCAUGCAGAGCAAGAUGCCGGAGACUGCAGCUCCUCUGGAGGUUAUAGUAGAAUUUGGAGUUUUGGGGGUUUCUGUUGUGGACCAUAGACCAAAGGAGCUCUCGUACUUGUACCUGGAAAGGGUCUUCAUAUCCUAUUUGACUGGUUAUGAUGGUGGGACAACAAGCAGGUUCAAACUCAUAGUAGGUUACUUGCAGCUCGACAACCAGCUCCCUCUAACAUUGAUGCCUGUAUUAUUGGCACCUGAACAAACCCUUGAUGUCCAUCAUCCAGUAUUCAAGAUGACAGUAACAAUGCGCAAUGAAAAUCCUGACGGCAUCCAGGUGUACCCAUAUGUAUAUAUUCGGGUAACUGAAAAGUGUUGGAGGCUUAACGUUCAUGAGCCAAUCAUAUGGGCUUUGGUAGAUUUUUAUAACAAUCUUCAACUUGAUCAUCUUCACCAAAAUUCCAGUGUGACCCAAGUUGAUCCAGAGAUACGCAUAGACUACUUCUAUGAUCUUGAUAUUCAGUUUCCAAGGGUGGAAGGGUUGUCAUCUCAUCAGUAUGCUGUUACAGUCCGUCUUACUCUAGACCAGAAUCUCCCAAGUGGAUCGCUUUUGAAUCAGCAAAGUGCACGCACGUGUGGUACCGACUCGCCUAAUUGCGCAUCUUCUGAUCUCAAAUUUGUGAUCUGGAAUGAAAUGUUCUUCUUUAAAGUUGAUUCUCUGGACUGCUGCGUGGUGGAAUUUGUUGUAACUGACAUGGGGAGGGGGGAAGGUGAUAUUGUUGGAUACUUCUCUGCUCCUUUGAAGCAAAUUGCUGACACCCAAGACAACUCAUAUUCAUAUAAUCGUUUAAGUGGAUUGAAAUGGCUACCUUUGUCCUCAUUGGAAUCCAGGACAAUUACCCAAGGAAAUAAAGAUAAAAACUCAUAUGGGAAAAUAAGAUGUGCAGUUAUCUUAUCACCCAGGUUUGAAGUUGAAAACGGUGAUCAGUGUUUUGGUGGGAGCAGCAAAUCUGGUUUUAUACAGAUUAGUCCCACAAGUGAAGGGCCUUGGACGACAGUCAGGCUGAACUACGCUGCACGUGCUGCUUGUUUGCCAUUUGGCAAGGAUGUUGUCGCCAGUGAAGUAACUGCAAAGGAUGGAAACAGAUAUGUAACAAUUAGAUCUCUGGUUUCGAUUCGUAACAACACUGAUUUCAUACUUGAUUUGUGCCUCAAGCUCAGAGCUUCCAGUGAAAACAUGAUGUCACUAGAUGCUGCAGGAAGGGAAAUGCAAUUGGAUGGUAACCAAUUUGAGACAGAUGAGUUCUUUGAAACUCAAAAGUAUAACCCAACAAGUGGCUGGGUUGGUGUUUCAGUUCACACUAAUUUAGACUACCCCGAUGAUGAUGGAUCUCAUCAAGGAGCUUUGGGAGUUGAGUUGCCAUCAGGAUGGGAAUGGGUUGAUGAUUGGCAUAUAGAUAAGACUUCUGUUAACACUGCUGAUGGGUGGGUUUAUGCGCCAGAUUUUCAAAGUUUAAAGUGGCCUGAAUCAUACAAUCCCUUAAAAUUUGUAAACUAUGCAAGGCAAAGAAGAUGGAUCAGGGAUAGGAAACGGGUACCAGGGGAUGUCAAGCCACAAUUAUUUUUUGGGCCAUUGAAACCCGGAGAAACUGUAUCUCUUCCUCUUACAGGUUUGACCGAAUCUGGAUUGUAUAUUCUUCAGUUGAGGCCUUCGAAUCUGAAUAAUAAUAACGAAUAUGCAUGGAGUUCUGUAAUGGAUAGACCUGAUCAGUCGGAGGAUAUUGGUAGACCUAAACAAAACUCUGAAAUAUGUGUCUCAUCCCUCACUGAAUCUGAGAAACUUUUUUAUUGCUCUGAAGUUAUUGGAAGCACAUCAAAUAGAUCACAUGGAAUGUGGUUCUGUGUGGCCAUACAAGCAAUGGAGAUUGCAAAGGACAUUCAUUCUAAUUCCAUUGAGGACUGGAAACUUGUGGUGAAAGCUCCUCUAUGUAUUACCAAUUAUCUUCCUUUUACAGCUGAAUAUUCUGUUCUUGAGAUGCAAGCCAGUGGUCAUUUUCUUGCUUGCUCCAGUGGAGUAUUUAAUCCAGGCGGGACUGUAAAGGUUCAUAAUGCUGACAUAAGAAACCCUUUGUUCUUUUCGCUACUUCCACAAAGAGGAUGGCUGCCAAUCCAUGAGGCUGUUCUCAUAUCCCAUCCCAGCCGAGUUCCAUCAAAAACAAUUAGCUUAAGAAGUUCAAUAUCUGGAAGGAUUGUUCAAAUAAUUCUUGAACACAAUCAUAACAAAGAAAGCCAACUGCAGGCGAAGAUUGUGAGAAUCUAUUCUCCUUAUUGGUUUGCAAUUGCUAGAUGUCCAUCACUCACCUUAAGACUUAUAGAGAUGGCAGGGAGAGAGCCAACAAGGAAGAUUUCUCUCCCUUUCCAUUCCAAGAAGUAUGAUGACGUAAUUCUUGAGGAAAUCACUGAAGAGGAAAUUUAUGAUGGUUAUACGAUUGCUUCUGUAUUGAACUUGAAAUUGCUGGGUCUCUCAGUCUCUGUUGCACAAUCUGGCAAGGAACAUUUUGGGCCAGUUAAAGAUCUUUCUCCACUUGGCGACAUGGAUGGAUCACUUGACAUUUGUGCCUACGAUGAUAAUGGAAAUUGCAUACGGCUUUUUAUAACUUCAAAGCCGUGCCCCUAUCAAUCUGUUCCGACAAAGGUGAUUUCCAUCCGACCAUUUAUGACGUUUACCAAUAGACUUGGACAAAACAUUUUUGUGAAGUUAGGCAAUGAAGAUGAGCCAAAGGUUCUGCGCAUGUCUGAUGCACGAGUCUCCUUUGUAUACCGUGAGACAGGUGGAUCCAGUAAACUUCAGGUGCGAUUGGAAGAUACAGAAUGGUCAUUUCCUGUUCAAAUCAUGAAGGAGGACACCAUAUUUCUUGUUUUGAGAAAGCAUGAUGGUACAUGGAGAUUUUUGAAGACAGAAAUCCGAGGCUAUGAAGAGGGAUCACGUUUUAUUGUUGUAUUUCGCCUCGGAUCAACAAAUGGUCCAAUUAGGAUUGAAAACAGAGCAAGCAGCAAGAAAAUAAGGAUACGCCAAUCUGGAUUUGGUAAUGACGCCUGGAUUCAGUUAGAACCUCUUUCAACGGCAUGUUUUUCUUGGGAGGAUCCAUAUGGCCAAAAAUUUAUGGACGCGGAAGUCUGUAGUGGCAGUACUACUGCAGUCUGGAGACUUGACUUGAAUAAGUCGGGAAUAUGUCCUUUACGUGAUGGAGGACUAGCUUUACUUUUUCAUGUUGUAGAGAUAGGUGAUGUCAAGGUUGCUAGGUUUGUAGAUGAGAGGACAUUAGGAUUGAGUUCAAAUGACGGAAGCAGGUCUUUAACACAUGAGGGAAAUUGGGUAAAUCCUCGCAUGCAGAGCAAGAUGCCGGAGACUGCAGCUCCUCUGGAGGUUAUAGUAGAAUUUGGAGUUUUGGGGGUUUCUGUUGUGGACCAUAGACCAAAGGAGCUCUCGUACUUGUACCUGGAAAGGGUCUUCAUAUCCUAUUUGACUGGUUAUGAUGGUGGGACAACAAGCAGGUUCAAACUCAUAGUAGGUUACUUGCAGCUCGACAACCAGCUCCCUCUAACAUUGAUGCCUGUAUUAUUGGCACCUGAACAAACCCUUGAUGUCCAUCAUCCAGUAUUCAAGAUGACAGUAACAAUGCGCAAUGAAAAUCCUGACGGCAUCCAGGUGUACCCAUAUGUAUAUAUUCGGGUAACUGAAAAGUGUUGGAGGCUUAACGUUCAUGAGCCAAUCAUAUGGGCUUUGGUAGAUUUUUAUAACAAUCUUCAACUUGAUCAUCUUCACCAAAAUUCCAGUGUGACCCAAGUUGAUCCAGAGAUACGCAUAGAGUAA